UUGUCAUUCUCUAAAUUAACUCAAAGGAGUAAAUAAAAAUACAAAUACAAAAUUUAUACAGAACAACCCACAAUUCUGUCUAGUUUAGUUAAACGUGUUAAAAUAGUCACGCAAUGCUUUUUCUAUUUUUAAAAAUUAAUAAGCUCUGACCUGUACGCAACCAAAUAAAACACUAAAACUUAUCUGUGAUCAACUUAGCUCUGUAUAAAAAUCUUCCUCCUCUUUCUUUCUGUCCAAUUCUCUACAGAGAAGUCUUAGCUUUUGCAAAAUCAUUAACUAAUCUCUGUUUUGAUGACUAGAUAACUUGGAUGUAGGAUUAUUAUACCUAAAUUCUUUCUUUCCAUGCAUUUAUGUCGGUUUUGACAUCUUUGUUCUCUUAGUUUAAAAGAUAUCAAUAUUAGUUAUCUUCUAUUCUUUGAACAUUUGUGUCCAUCUCAUGAAGUUCAGGAAGCGUAGGCAAUACUUUCCUGCUUGUUCGUCUCAUCGCCAAGUAAUGAUCUCUUCGUCAUCUUCUUCUUCUCCAAACUCAUAUCAAAUUUGAAUCUUAUCAUCAAAUUGAGAGUAAUCAACGACACCACUGCAAUCUUGCAUAUACAUUGUUCUUGUGUAUUCCACCCGUUUCUUUAAUCUUCAAUGUACCGUAAUUGAGUGUCGUUUUGGUUGUAACUUGUAGAGGAGGAUGAAGCGUGGGAAAGGCGAGAAAAAGGCAACAAAGAGCCGCGAUGGCAGCGGUCAAGUAGUUCCGCUCACGUAAUAGCUCAUUUGGCUAAAUAUUUGUUUUAGUGAGUAUAUAUUGCUAGAUAUAUCAUAGGGUAUAAAUGACACACCAUAGAAAUAUGCAUGUGAUUAGUUUAUUAGAUACAUAAUUUAGAUCUAUUAUCUCAUAUAUGAAUAUAAUUUUCUAUUAGUGAACCAGUGGUUACAGCUACGGGUAUGGUUGGAACAAGAUCAUGGAUAGGAGGGCUCUUCACACGCUCCAAUAGACGUCAAGACAAGGCAGUCGACUACACUUUGUCUCCUCUUCAGGAGGAAAGACUUCAAAGGCUGCAAGAUCGUAUGGUUGUACCUUUCGACGAGACACGUCCUGAUCAUCAGGAAUCACUUAAAGCAUUGUGGAACGUCGCGUUUCCGAAUGUUCAUCUCACGGGUUUAGUAACAGAACAAUGGAAAGAAAUGGGAUGGCAAGGUCCCAAUCCAUCUACCGAUUUCAGGGGUUGCGGAUUUAUCGCUCUAGAAAAUUUACUAUUUUCUGCAAGAACUUAUCCGGUUUGUUUCCGGAGGCUAUUGUUAAAACAAAGAGGCGACCGGGCAAAGUGGGAGUACCCUUUUGCAGUGGCCGGAAUCAACAUCUCCUUCAUGUUGAUCCAAAUGCUCGAUUUACAAAAUAAUCCAAAGCCAAAAUGUCUUCCAGGAAUGAAUUUCCUCAAACUCUUAGAAGAAGACGAGAGGGCAUUCGAUGUACUAUACUGUAUAGCUUUCGCGAUGAUGGAUGCUCAAUGGCUUGCAAUGCACGCUUCUUACAUGGAAUUCAAUGAAGUAUUACAAGCAACUCGGAAUCAGCUGGAGAGAGAGCUUUCUUUGGAUGAUAUUCAUCGGAUUCAAGAUCUUCCUGCCUACAAUCUCUUGUUCCAAUAGAUUUUUUUUUCUUUUGUUAUUUUCUUAGUUUGAUUUCGAUUUUUAUGUUUUGUACAUUAACCUGAAUUUAUGACCGAAAUGAAAAUGAUAAUCAAUGAAGCCAAAACACAUAAAUAGAAAAUGAAUGAUAAUGAACGUAUGUUCUAUAUGAUGCAUCACUGUUUGGUAACAUGAUGAUGAUGGUGUGGAAAUUAUGAACUGGUAGUGGACUUUGUGACUUUUGUACUUUGAAAAAUCAACUCUCUUGUCUCCCUCGUAUUAUAUGAAUUAUGAAAUAUUUUGUCGGU